AAUCGGUCCGCCAUUUUUUUCUGGAACUUGUAGUCGACCAUCAGUUAUCUGUCAAUUUCUAUUGGAAUCUUGUUGCAUACGGAGAAACAAAAUUUCUCGUCACAUAAGGAGUUUUUUACACAAACACCACCCACGGAAGUAUCCGGGUACUAGGCCUCGUCGCCCGGUCGCUGGGACCCACGGGUCGGGCAGUGGGGGAAUCGGCGCGACCGCAAAGGGGGGAUUUGACGCAUAUAGCUCUUCUCCUGCACAAGCUUUGGUGCCGAUUCACCCUUUGCUCGAUACCGCCAGGCCGGGCGAGAUGUCGCGAGCGGGCGCGAGGCACCCGGGUGCUGAAGAUAGUGUACCCAGCUCGUCAACAGACACAAUGGAUAGACCUGAACAAUUAUACGCAACGCUUAACGAAUAUCUACAAUUGGAACAUAAGUUCCAACCCAGGUUGUGUCUUCCUGAUGAAUCUGAGAGUGGUGAGGUAACGAUAGGUGCACGAGACGGCGCUGCACACGUACUACGCUGUCUCAAAGUGUGGUUCGACCUGCCUGCUGAUGUACUUGUCAGUGCUAUCAACCUAUUCGACAGGUAUGCAUAUCCCGCUCUUGCUCAAGGGCUGGCUGCGCUGGGCGAGAUUUUUGGUGUUGGGGGAAAUCUUCCAAAGAAAGGGUAACUUAGAGGGUACC